UCAUAGUCGUAAGAUUCGACUGUUCAAACCAAGAAAAGGCAAUGAGUUUAAUUGUAUGAACAUGAGUAUAGUGCCGUUUUAAGCAUAUGUUAUUUGUCAGAUUUUUUAAUUUUUUUGAUUUGUAGAACACAAAAAGGAGAUAUGCGUAGUUUGAGUGCUUAGUUUUUCAAUAUAUGAUAAUGAAAAACGUUACUUUACUUCUUGGCAAAUUCGCGGAAUUCGUUCAGCCGCGGCGUUCCAUCGAUCAAUCGUUCGCCACUUCAGCGAAUUCGGCGUCUUCGGCGUCUUCAGCUUUUAAGUGUCACCCAAAUGGCCAAAUUGGUGGUGCACGGCUGUGCUCCCAACGGUACUUCCUUAUCAAAUUUUAGUAAAUUGCACAUAUACUAGAAUAGAUUGACUUUCGAACUAUUUUUUUUUUUUGUCCGGGGACUUGGCCGUUAUUUAAGCCUUCUGGCUAACCUGGUUUGAUCAGAUACAAUUUCUGGACUCAGUAUCCGCGGUUUGGAAUUGUUUCUUAAAAUCAGAAGCUGUUCUGUAUUUGUCCUGAGUGACUCCUGAUAGUUUCGCCAUUUUCGUUGAAGCUGGAGACCACAACGAGCAUUGCCGGAACAUUCCACAGCACUUCAAGAUUCCAGUGGCAAUGGAGGAGGCGUUUCCCACAUUGCCGGAGUCCUCUGAUGCAGGAGUAGUUGAGUUGGGUGCAGAUCAGAAGUUAUGUCAUUUGACAGAAGAAUGCAGGCAGAUGCAGGCUUUACUGCCGAUUUAUAUAUCUGAAGCUGUGAAGAUUGAGCCUCGUGAUGAGCAGCAAUCAAGCUGUGACUCGGGGCAUCCUUCUGACUUCAUUGAAGUGAAGAAAGAGGAACCUUUCUUCAUGGAGGAAGAUAUGGAGGCUUCCACCGUUGCUGCUGACGAAUAUUUUGGAUUUCCUGUCAAGGCAGAGCCUGUCAAGGCAGAGCCUGUCAAGGCAGAGCCUGUCAAGGCAGAGCCUAUCAAGGCAGAGCCUGUCAAGGCAGAGCCUGGCAAGGCUGCUGUGGCACCUCCAUCCAUCCCACAGCCUCCUGCAAACCAAGAACCUUUAACAACAGCAGACGUCUUCACUGCAUGUCAAGCAGCGCCGGUUACUGCCUGCUUUGCCUCUACUUCUAUGGAGGAGCUAAAUUGUGGCGCUUUAAUGACUGUUCCUUCUUCAGCAAAUUCCACCACUGAAGAUAAGAGUCAAACAAAUGAAAUGCUAACCUCGUCAACUUAUCGCCAAGCUAGUGAAGCUCGGCCGCGAAAUAAUGAUCGUCUUCUUCAUACUUCUGCAGCUGCGGUAAAUUGUGACGUCCUCGGUAAUAAUGAAACGAAAAAUGGCUUGGGUUCUUGUAAGACAGAAGCGUGUCUCAGUUCUGAAGAUGUCCAUUCAUCUAAAUAUUGUGACUUCAACUUCAAUGAAUGCCGUGUAUUACUGACUCGUAUUCAUGUGCCAGAAAAUUUCACAUGUAUAAUAGAGGAACAAAAUGGUGUCGUUAAAAUUUCUUCAAAGAAAAUGCAAUUUUCCGGUCCAGAUAAUAAUCAUGGCGAGAAUUCAAAACGAACAGAAAGUUGCGGAAAAGACAGCGUUGAAAGUCCUAAUAUGAAAGCAGAAAAUGCUCUGCCUUCUUAUAAAAAUAUCCACGUAUAUAAAAUAUCCACAUAUAUAAAAAUGUGCCACCAACAGACACGACAUAAUCGUUCCAAGCUUCCAUGUGCAUCUCCAAAGGAAGGGAUUUCUGUUUCGAAUUCUCGCGGUCAUCUUGCGAAGAAAAAAAAGACUUUCAAAUGUUGUGGCUUUGCUUUUCGCCAUAAAUCUAAUUAUGAUCAACAUGUCAGCGCAGUUCACCUCAAGUUGAGACCUUACAAGUGUCCAAAAUGCGACUACGCCGCUGCCUGUGAUGGUAAUUUGCAAAUCCAUUUGAAUUCAGUGCACGAAAAACUGCGGCAAUUCCAGUGCGCUAUUUGCGAUGUCAAGUUUUCAUCCAAAUAUUCUCUGAAGAAUCACAUUUCUAGUGCUCACCUGAAAUUAAAACCGUAUAAAUGUCCACACUGUGAAUACUCUGCCAGCCAAAAGAAGACUCUGACGCGCCAUGUUUCAAGCAUACACCUCAUGAUCAAGCCGCACAAAUGUAACUUAUGCGACUAUUCCGCUAGUAUCAAGCUUUACUUAGAUACCCAUUACGCCAGCGUCCAUACAGGAGUCAAACCUUACCAGUGUGCUGACUGCAGCUAUGCUGGUGCUUCCAAGUACCUACUCAACGGCCACAUAAAAAGGGUCCAUCUAAAGGAUAAGAAAUACAAAUGCGAUCUCUGUGAUUUUGCCACCAUAUCUAAAGGAAAUCUUGCCGUUCACAUCGCUUCUGUCCAUCAGGAACUCAAGAGCUACAAAUGUAAUGAAUGUGACUACACAGCCGCCACUAAGGGUAGGAUCAGCCGUUCACAUGAAAAUGAAGCCAUUCAAAUGUGACGAUUGCUGCAGAAAUUUUUUUGAUAAAAGUAGUCUUCACGUUCACAUUUCUAGGGUACACCUCAAGGCCAAAACUCACGCGUGCCCACACUGUCCUUAUUCUGCAUGGUGUAAAGCAGACCUUGAUCUGCAUGUUGAUCGCAUUCACUUGAAGCUGAAGCCCCACAAGUGUCCCCAAUGUGAGUUCACUAGCAGCUUCAAAGGGAGUAUUAAAAUUCAUCUUGAAACUGUUCAUUUAAAAUUGCGACAUCAUAAGUGUCACACAUGCAAGCGCCGAUUUUCCAAAAAAGAAAAUCUUGAAAAACACUUGAAAUCGGCACAUUUGAUUCCAGAAGAGUAUAGAUGUUCUGAAUGUGAAUUUUGUACAAGUUACAAGCCAAAUCUGAAGAUUCACGUGGAUUCUGUACAUCUGAAACGUUUUAAAUGUUCACACUGUGAACACGCUGCAAGUUCCAAGGCAAAUCUUAAGCAACAUGUCGAUGCUUUGCACCUCAACAUAAAGAACCGCAAGUGCGGAGACUGCGACUACAGCACAGCGCGGAAGUGUGAUCUCAUGAAGCACCUCGCCGCUAUACAUGGAAAAUAGAUUAGCUUAAUAUCCCGGGUUUGAUUAGGCUUGAUUAACACCAUACAGCCAGACACAUGGGGCCAUACUUUCAAAACUGGCUAAGUGAACGUAAGUACU